AUGGGUGAGUGCGGGCGGCUCCGAGAGGGCUCCGGGACGGCUCCGCCGGGCUCUCGGCAGAGCCGGGGGAGGGCACCGGGCAGGGGGAGGCGGCGGGAGGUGGUCCGGCCCGGAGGGUCUCGGCCCGCAGCGCCGGGGCCGGCACGACGUGCCCGGCCGGGAGGGCUCCGGGUCCCCCGUUCUCCCCGCUCCUCCCUUCGCUUUCGCUCUGCUCUCUGCUUGCGACUCUUUCUCCCGUUCUCGCUCUUUCGCCUUUUCUCUGUCUUUUUAGUUUUGUUCCGCUCUCCUUUUUUCUGUCCUUUUUUCCCCCUUCUCGUUUCUGUUUUCUCUUUUUCUCUCACGUUUCCCCGUGUCUUUCCCCCCCUUCUUUUUUACUGUCUCUCUGACCUUAUUUUUUCUGUCCCUAUUUCUCCUUUUUCUCUCUGUUUUCCUCUUUUUUUUCCUCCUCUACCUUCUCCUUUCCUCUCUGCUUUUUUCCUCCUUCUCUCUUUCCCUCUCGUUCUCAUUUUCCUUUCCCUUUUUCCCCCCGUUCCCUUUCUUCCCUUCUUCCCUUCCCUUUCUCCCUCCUUCCCUUUUCCUUUCUCCUCCCUUCCCUUUCUUUCCUUCCCUUUUUUUUCCCCCUUUCCCUUUUCCUUUCUCUCCCCGUUUUCCUUUUUCCCCCUCUCUCUCUCCUUCCCGCGGCAGCCCCGUCCCGCUCCCGCUCGCUGUCCGGGCAUCCCGCGGGGACCACAACGCCGCGCCCCCAUCCCAUGCCAUGCCCUGCCAUGCCAUCCGUGCCAUGCCGUGCCGUGCCACGCCACCCCUGCCCUUCCCGCAGAGCACACGUACGGGGAGGUGAACCAGCUGGGCGGCGUGUUCGUGAACGGGCGGCCGCUGCCCAACGCCAUCCGGCUGCGCAUCGUGGAGCUGGCGCAGCUCGGGAUCCGGCCCUGCGACAUCAGCCGCCAGCUCCGCGUGUCCCACGGCUGCGUCAGCAAGAUCCUGGCCCGGUACCACGAGACGGGCUCCAUCCUGCCCGGGGCCAUCGGCGGCAGCAAGCCGCGGGUCACCACCCCCGCCGUGGUCAAGCACAUCCGCGACUACAAGCAGGGCGACCCGGGCAUCUUCGCCUGGGAGAUCCGCGACCGGCUGCUCGCCGACGGCGUGUGCGACAAGUACAACGUGCCCUCGGUCAGCUCCAUCAGCCGCAUCCUGCGCAACAAGAUCGGCGGGCUCGCCCCGCCCGGCCCCCCGCCCGCGCUGCCCUGCGGCCACAUCUACCAGUACCCGUACCCCGGCCCCGCCGCCCCGCCGCCCGCCAAGGCCGCCGGCCACCCGGCCGCGCCCCUCGGGGCACCCCCCGUCGGGCUGCCCCGCUCCUGGCCCUCGGCGCACUCCGUCACCAACAUCCUGGGCAUCCGCACCUUCGUGGAGCAGGCGGGGGCUCUGGCUGGCACGGAAGGGGCUGCCUACCCCCCCAAAAUGGAAGAGUGGCCCAGCGUGAACAGGACGGGCUUCCCCGCCCCGGGCCAGGCGGUCAACGGGCUCGACAAGGCGGCCAUGGAGGGGGACAUCAAAUACCCGCAGCCCGGCCCGGGGCUCUCCUCGAUGGGCACCUUCCUGCCGGCCUGCGCCUACCCCCCCUCCACCCAGCCCGGCGUCUACGGCGGCUCCCCCGGCGGCUACAUCGGCCCGGGCCCCCCCUGGCAGCCGCAGGGGACCCCCCUGGCCCACCACGGCCACGGCGUCACCGUCCACGGCGGCGACCUGCCCGCGGCCAUGGCCUUCAAGCAGCCCGGGAGGGAAGUCGUGGACAGAAAACCCACCAGCCCUGUGGGGAAACCUCCGGACCCUCUAAACACCAUCCAUGGACUCUCUAUCCCAACCUCCUCGUCCUAGAGCCCUGGAGCAGCUGCCGAGAGAGAGGGACUCUUGGAAUAAGCACCUGCAAACUGUAACUGAAGCCUGAAGUGCCAUCGAGCUGUGCCCAGAGCACCACUGCCACCGUGGGGAUGAGGAGACAGCCUGGGCAGCCAGAGGUGACUUUCUCCCGUGGCAAAUCCUGGUCAGGACGUUCCCAGAGGGACACUUUACCUCCACUGGAUUGGAAAGGGGUGACAGACAAGACUCGCUCUUCCUUCUUUGUUUUGUGUUUUUCACCCCUUGCUUUCAGUUGUUCUUUCUCGUCCCCCGUGUCCCCGAAGACUGUUGGAUGCAGUGAGUGCCUCCGUCCCCAGCCACUGCUGGGCCCAUCCCUGGCUCUGUCCCAGCCCAAGGGAGCAAUUCCUGGCUUUCCCACGCCGGAGCAUCCGUGCUGGAGCCCUUUCUCCAUCCACCUUCCAGUGCCUCUGCCCCAGAAUAGGAAUGGACAGAAGUGCCACGACGUUUUAUGAUAUAUUUUUCUAAUAACAAACCUUAAUAAAAAGUG